AAAAUAGAUGGAUCAAUUCAGGAGUCUUUACGACGGUAGAUGGAAAAAUAUAUUAGGUAACUGUAGACCGCAGCAACGGCUUCAAAGAAGAAGAAUUUUAUUCGCUACAGACGAUGCAGUAGCAUGAAAUAAUUAAUUGCAACUUGUAUCGACGACUGUUAUGUAAAAAUUUAAAUUAACUCGUGCAUCUGUUUCAUAAACUUUAAUGAAAGUGUAUCAAGAAAAUGAGGAAAUACAAUAAUUUUGGCACAUUGAAAAACGAGUAUUUUGGCCAGUCUGGUUCUGUUUCGGCCCACUUUGAUCCGUUUGGCCUUGUUUCGGCCCACUUCGGUCCGAAAUAGUACCAAACGGGCCGAACCGCAUCAAUCUUAUUAUCUAGUAUCUAUUAUUUAUUAUUUAUUCUACCUUUUUAUAAUCAUCUAAAACGUUUAAAAAUAUAUCCUCGAUUUUCAUCAAUCAUGUAUAUCAUGUACCAUCUAUAUGAUAGAAAUUUUUGUUUCGUUGUUUCAUAAUACUUCACGUAAUAGAUCUGCAAUUUUCAGUUCCGUAACAUGCCAAUACCCUAUCCACCAUGUCAUCUAUAGAAAAGAAUUAAAAAUUUUUAAUAUGAAGAAGAUACCUAAACUCGGCAACAAUAUAUCACAUUUAAGAAAUGGAAGGAUAUACAGGCUUAAUAGGCUUACCAACAACUGGUCAGUCUCCGAUUAAUUUGGACGAUCGAUUGGUACGAAAGAGGAAGUUCCCUCCACUUGUCAUGAACGGUCACUGGUUAAACGAUGGUGAAGCACGUUUGACAAAUACCGGCUCUACAGCCAAAAUUACGUUGACCGGUGACAGGCUCCCGUCAACGAUUUGCGGCGGUCCACUUGCAGACGAUGUGUACGAAUUUUCAUCAGCGCAUUUUCACUGGGGCGAAGACAAUUGCAAGGGCGCGGAGCACACCAUCAACAAUACAUGGUAUUCGAUGGAGAGUCACGUGAUACACUGGAAUCGGAAAUAUCAGACUUACGAGGAAUGUUUCAGGCAUAAAGACGGAUUCUGCAUAUUAGCGUAUUUAUUCUUGGUGCAACCAGGUUGUUGCGGCUGCAUUAAUCCACAAUUGGAGAGGAUAACGGAUCACUUAAAACAUGUUCUGGACGUAAAUAUGGAAACAAAGAUACCACCUAAUUGCUUGUCGUGGAUGCGAUGGGCAACAUACUGCUCCACCUACUAUACUUAUGCGGGAUCAUAUAAUGUCGGCGAGUUUCCGGAAGUUGCUACUUGGAUCGUAUUUCCUGUAGUUAUACCGGUACGACCUAGUGAGCUGAACGAAUUUCGGAAGCUGAGGGACAAGGAUGGGAACCGGAUAAAAUCGAAUACGCGAGAAUUACAAAUGCUCAAGUGCAGACAAAUAUAUUUGGCAGUGCAGAAUUAACAUCGUACAAAAUUCUUGAAUCGCGUUUCUGUCAGUCUUUGUAACACGUUUAACGAAAUAUACAACGGAAUAAUAUAUUACAAUUACCUUCCUUUAACAUAUACAUAAUAAAAAUUAGCCAUGAA